AUGGAUUAACGUCAUCCUCAGUAAAGCCAAUUGCCAUAGAAGAAUAUCUUCCGCAAGUGCAAGCAGUCGCGCAAGAAGAGAUCACACAAGCGCAAAUGCAUGAACAAGAAAUAAAUGAGGGCUAAGUUUGAGGAAACUAAGAAAAUGGUCAUCGAUGCUUUUAUUGGUGAAGUAACUCAUGCACCUGAACAUUUAGUUGAUAACGAAUAUAUUCAAAAUGGUUAUAGAAUAGGCUACAACAAAUAAUUUUGGACUAUAGCUCGCUCCCUAUUCUAGGUUCACAACGAAUCUGUUAAUGUCUGGAGUCAUCUCUUGGGUAUGGUGUUAUUUGCUCUUCUUAUAAUCAACGCCCUCUAUACUUUAACUUGCUUCAAGGACAUGGGGGAAAGUGUGUGGAUGAAGGGAAUCAAUAGAGCUCACCAUGAAAAGUAACAUAUCGCUCAAAUUUUCAAGUCAGAGUUAGACAUACUCGGAAAUGAGAUUUGCUAGAUUCAAGACUUCAAGGGGGUCGAGAUAACAUAAUGCUCUCCCAAGCAGCAAAUUCACCAAGACAUAUCCAAUAUAAAAGAUGCCGACAAAGAGUUAUCUAAUUCAAAAUAAAAUAUUCAAAUAGAGAAUUGGAGUGAGGUAAUGAUGCAACCCUUGCAUAGAAUCGAGGGUCUAGCGCUAUCAUUCGUCUCCGAGUUCCAGAAUUUGACUCACUAUAUUUAGGAAGGUGAGUACAGUCUGGAGCAAAAGCUUCUAGAAUGGAAAGAUCACGUAAAUCACUACCCAUCUGAGUUGAGGAAAAGAAUCUCAGAUAUUCAAAAUUUAAUGAAAACUUAAUUGGAAUUAACUGAGGAUGAAGAGUUUAUAGCAAACAUUACCUACUCAAGAGUAAAAUACAUAACUUUUAUUAUUUUUAAAUAGUUGAGCUACUUGGACAGACUGAUGGAUGACUUCCAAAGAAGGAUGGGCAAGAUCCACUCGGAUACUAUUGAUAGAAUAGAUUAGAUGAGUUGGCUAGAUUUUGCAAACCUAGUGCAACCAAUUGAUGAUUUUGACUAUUACCUCAACUAUGUAUCGAAGUGGCCCUUAUUUGUGCAUAUGUUCACAGCGGCAUUAUGUCUUGGUUUCUCAGCCAUUUUUCAUCUAUUCUAUGUUUACUCUUAAGAUGUAAAUGAAAUUCUAAUAAAGCUUGACUACUCUGGAAUUACACUUCUAAUUUUCGGAAGCGCUGUACCAUCAAUAGAAUAUGUUUAUGCCUGCAGCUCUGUUUAGCAUAUGAAAUAGUUUUUUAUGUCUCUAUCGAUGAUUGUGAGUGUGAUAACCUUUGUGGUCACUAUGCUUCCAGUUUUUAGCAAGCCUUAAUACAAGUGGGUCAGAAGUUCCCUAUUCACACUUCUGGGAUUAUCUGUAGCCUUUCCUUUAAUAUAUGUCAAAUUCAAUUUGUAACUCAUUCCGCUAUUAAUAUUUUACAGCCAAGAAGGCCAAAUGAUUGACGACUUCGUUGAUCAGUAUGUAGCUACAGCCUUGAUCUACCUCAUAGGUGCAGUACUCUAUGCCACUAAAGUACCAGAGAGAUGCAAACCUGGAGCCUUUGACAUGUGCGGACAUAGUCACUAGCUUUUCCAUAUUUGUGUGGUCAUUGCAUGCUUCAUUCACUACUGCCAAAACCUUAUGCUUUUCUAUAGAAGACAACAUUUCACCUGCUCAGUUGUCUGA